GACACAGUUGCUUCUAUAGCACUGCAAGGACGCAGACACACUGAAGAUCUCUACAAUCACACAUUCUUCACCAUGACAACCAUGCCAAUCACUGCACUGGACUGAGAGCUGUCAAUCAACAGGAUUGAUUAUCUGGAUCAUCUGCCACAGGAAAGAUUACAUCCUGGGCUACUAAAGCGGAAUAAUUCCAAUUGAUGUUUUCUUAGACUUAGAGAUUUUGAGCUACACGCCUUUAUGCGUUCACAUGUGCAUGCUUUAGGGGAAGCGUGAGCGAGGUUGACUUGCUCUGUAUCAGGGUCACGGUCUUGCUGGCUCAAUAAGCUUCCGUAGAACCCGUGCCAGGGUUUAGUUAGUGUUUAUUUAGACUUCCUGUCUAUAAAGAUGAGUGAGGGCAAGAAAGAGUUAGAGAUGAGAGACAAAGCCAUGAUGCACCAGCAGAGGAGACUGAAACAGGCCACCCAGUUCAGCCACAAGGACUCUGCAGAUCUUCUGCCCCUGGAUGGACUGAAAAGGUUGGGCACCUCCAAAGACCUGCAGCCCCAUAGCAUUGUUCAACGACGCCUUUUGGAGGUCAACAUUCCACGUCUACGCAGAGAAGCCCGGGAUGCCCCCAUUCUUGUUUGCUCACCCCUGGCAGACAGCAAAGAGUGUGGAGAGCCAGAGGAGAAGAGUGAGAGUACGGCUGAUGACUCCACGGAGGAAAGGGAGUCUCCAGAGGACAGCGAAAAGAGCCUCAGGUCUGAUGAGGAUGAUGAAGAUGGGGACAGCAGUGAUGCUGGAGGAAAGACAGAGCCAAAACAGAAGGGAGGAAGAGAUAAAAUGGAAGUGGAGAAGAAGAAAGGCCUUAAAGAAGGCGAGAGAGCAUCCAACCUCUCAGCUAUAGUGGUCCAAUGUAAGUGUGAAGAUGCAGAGGUGAUGUUAUCCAUAAACACAGGAUGCCAACACAACCACAUCUCGAAUACAUGCUGCAGAAGUCUGGGAUUGAAAACUACACAAGAAGACAAGUCCAGUGGGAAGCUGCCUCUCUGUGAUUCCACAGUGAAGACAGUGCAGUCCCUGCACCUGCAGUUGGGCAGAGAAAGAGUGCAGUGCACUGCCCAGGUCAUAGAGGAUGCCACAUUUGAGGUGUGUCUGGGCCUACAGACUCUGCUGGAACUCAAAUGUUGUGUGGACCUCAACUCCAGAGUGCUCCGUCUCCAUAGCACAGAGGAAGAGCUUCCAUUCCUGGAUCCACCUUGCAGCCAGUGCCAUCACCAUGACAACAACAAAAACAUGUGACCUCAGACCGCUGUGCUCAACAACCGCCAUAACCCGUACUCAUGUAACCAGAGAGGAAGAUAAUGGAAGGGAGAGCCUGUGCCUGGACUGUAGUUUAGCCUCGUGCCAGAUAAAAAUAGACAGGCCUUUCCUUUCCUUCUCCGUUGUGUCUGUUUAUUUACACAAAUUUGCCAACUAUGAUUUUUUUUUUCUCUAAUGCAAAAUUAGUUUUAAUUUAGUGUAAUAAAGCUUAUGAGGAGAAAGAUUGUGUUCUGACAUAGUAAAUUGCCUUUUUCAAAAUUAAAAACAGGUGUACAAACAGUUAAUCGGUGAGGAAUUGUGUUUAUUUUUUAAAGUUAAUAUUCUCUAACUGGCGAUUUUAUUACACAAUUGCAACUGAGAAUUAAUGGGAUGAUUGAAUGAUGGAUUUCUUUGUUUGCCAAGGCUGCAAACUUAAAGAUCAAGUGAUUUUCUAAACAAUCACUGACCUUUGAUUUUUAAACAUAUAAAUUUGUCGAAACAAUCAAAAAAGUUUGUCGAAACAAAACAAGUUUGAGGAAAAUUAUUUCACAAAAAUGCUAAUUUAGCUGGACAUCUUUAACUCACAACUGCCUUUCACUUAACAAAUACUGUGUUUUUGCCCAGUUUUUCCUUAAGAGCGGUGAAUCAAUCUUUAAAUGAUAAGAUGGACUUUUACCAGUCCAAUUAAAUGUCAAUUGAGCCUUUGGGCUUGACUCCAUUUUAAAGCGCCCAAACAAAACAUUCCAUCAGCAUGAUUUUAUAGACUUCCUUCUUUGUAUUUUUCUGUGUUUUGCGUAAAUCAGUAUGAGAGUGUGUGUAGUGACGAGAUUAAAUGCUUUUCUGUUGUUCACCUGCAUGUGAUUACUAUUAGAAAGAUUGAAUAGAUAAACAAUCAGUUCCUCCUCUUUUAGAGGAAUUCUGCUGAGCAACACUGUAAAAAAAACCAUUUCUCUUAAUCAGCAUGUCUUCUGUUUCCAGUAAAACAAAAUUAAUUCAUUUUAAUCCAAUUUAAGUGACCGUUCACCCAAAAAUUCGUAUUCUGUUACCAUUUACUCACCCUCAUGUUAUCCCAAACCAGCUUGAAUUUUUGUAUUUUUAACACAAAAGGAUAUUUUAGGCUGAACGUUUGAGAAUGGCAUACUCAGUCACCAUUCACUUGCAUUGCAUGGGGAAACAAAUGUAAUGAAAGUGAAUAGUGACCGAGGCUGACAGUACCUAACAUCAGUAUAGCCUGACAUCUUUUGUGCUCUGUGGAAGGAAGUCAGACUAUUUUGGAUAUUUGCAUAUUGUUUUUGUCUUUUUUUAAGCAUAAAUUAACAAUAGAACAAGACAAAACAACAUUUUAAAAGUGUUUUAAUCUUUAAAAGGGAAUUAAUCUUGUUUUAAAGGGAUAGAUCACCCAAAAAUUUAAUUUAACUAUCCCUUUAAGGAUGUUUUUAGAUGUUUUUACUGGAAAACAAGCCAAAAGGACUGAAUAAGAAAAUAUUUUUUGGCAGUGUAGACUUACAGGUGCAAACCCUGUUCUUUUUCUACUCUUGGAUUGUAUUUGUCUUCAUAACUGGAGCCUUUUCUCCACCACCCAUGCCUUGCUCGUUGUUUUGUUUGCUCAGUCACAAGCACAACUAUGACUGUAUUAGUACAGCCAAGAAAAGCACUUGUCUCUUCUGCCAUUGAAAUAUUAUUCCAACAAAUGACCGAAAGGGCAUAUAUGACCCUUCUAAAUAGUGGGAAUAAUUAAACGUUCAAUCAUCCUAAUCAUCUAGCCUCUUAGCGUUAUGGAUGACCUUUUAGCUGAGGAUAUCCAUAUACCGAUUACUUGUUCUUCUCUGAUGUACCGCAUUUAUUACGCUGUGUGAGGGCCAACUGUACGAAAAGAGUUUAUUUUUGGUGUGUUUUUUUGUUUCCUUUUCUCUGAACAGUAUUUUCUCUGUCUAAAUAAAAUAAAUAUGUAUUCUG